AUGGGGGAAAUAUAUCCAGCUUCCUCACAUGCAUUCAUUCAGGCUACACCAGAUGGCGUGAUUGCUGAUCCUGAACCGGUAGCGAUCCAGAGACCUGGAACAAGACAUUUCAUUGUGGCCGUCGACUUUGGGACCACGUUUUCUAGUGUAUCGGUGUAUUGUCAACGUGAUGGCAUCGAUAUAGACACAAGCCAAAUCAACAGCAUCUCCAAUUAUCCCGGUGCCAUGAGCUUUAUGAGCCAAGGCCUCACUGAGGUGCCGACACAAAGCUGGUAUCCAAAACAAGGCAGGCCAAUUCGACAGCCAGUGGAUACCGAAAUAAACGCCGGGAAUGGAGACGACUUAGACGAGUCCACCGACGUCGUUGAAGAUGAAACGAUCGUGGCUACACACUCCGAGAGUGGUGAUCAUGGAAGCAACAGGCAAGGUAUCGAGGAAGCAGAUUUGAUGGAUGUCGAGCACGAUGAGGACGAUGUUAUGGAUGAAGAUGACAAAAUUCGUGAUCAUAUUUAUUGGGGUUGGGAAGUCUCUAAAUUUAUGACCGAUAAUGAUAUUUAUGGGGAGCAAUCUCGACACAUAGCUAGGUCCAAGUUACUGCUCGAUCAUAGCUCUCACACAAAACAUAUUAGAAACCAGCUAGCAAGUACUGUGAAGGACCUACGAGCAAGAAAACUAAUACGAGACGAAACAGACAUAAUAGCCGACUUUUUAAGUCGCCUGUUCCGCCAUACGAAGUCAGAAAUGAACAGACAACACGGCUACCGCAAUGACUGCUCAGUUGAGUUUGUUCUAUGUAUUCCAGUCAUGUGGACAGAGAAGGCAUGCAGGAUUAUGCAAAAUGCCAUGACCAGAGCAUUGCGUGAGGCUGAAUUCAUUGAACACAGCAAUUACGAUGUCGACAACUUGUUUAUCGUGACCGAGCCAGAGGCAGCAUCAACAUACGCUCUGGAAAGAUCGAGGGAGAUCACAGCAGGUGAUUGUUUUCUCCUUCUUGACGCUGGGGGUGGUACAGUUGAUGCCAUUACCUACAGAGUAGCAUCCAGAUCCCCCCUGCGGCUAGAAAGAGAAGAGUUCGAUCCUGAAGCUAGUCACACUGAGUUGGAAGAGAUCGAAAAAGGAAUAGCCAUUGAAGGGAAGAUCAAUGAGCUCCUACUCAAGUUUGAAACGCAAAUUAAACGAGGUGUUGAUAUUUACUCGAGUGACCUUGAGCCCGAACGCCUUUUUGUCGGUGGUCUAACAGCAAAGGACAACGAGAAAUAUAUAAAACCUAACAGGCUAAUCAUUAGUAAAAACGACUUCAGGAAUAUCUUCAAACCCUGUCUGGACGGCGUAUCCGAAUUAAUGUUUAGUCAAUUACGGAAAGCAGAGAAGGCAGGGGUCGAGAUCGGAAAAGUGAUAUUGAUUGGCGGCUUUUCUUCAUCUCCUUCCCUUCAUCACCAUAUAAAGAGACAAUUGGAACAAUAUUCACAGCAAAUACACCGACAAAUACAUUUGACAUCUGCCCCAAUGCCUGGCACGGCCGUGGCUCAUGGUGCCAUACUUCGAGCAGCGAAUAAAGUCGAUGGUCCCGAGCGAAGAAUUCGCUCCAGUUAUGGAAUUUACUGUACCGAGCGCUACGAGCCAACGGUGUGGGAGGCGCAUGCGAAAGUGAAUCCCUGGUAUGACCCCGUUGACGGGAAGAGGUAUAUCAAAAAAUCAAUCGAUUGGAUCAUAGACAAGGGAGAGCUUCUGCCGUCAGGGAAGAUAAUCACCCGACAGGUGCUUCAUACGUUUCCAGCGGAACCGGGUAUCGAGUUUAUUUGCGAAGAAGUUCUUUGUGUAUCAAGCAAACACCACGAGUCUCACUACCGUGAGAAGCAUGCUCAGAAUAAAGGUUAUGAAAUAGCAGGCCGCAUCCUUGUUGACAUGACCUUCCUCAAGGACGACCCUAAUUUCCACCCGGUGGAGCCUGGUCCCGGCGGGAAAGGCCAGCUUCAUUAUUGCGUUGAAUUCGAGCUUGUGAUUAAGGUUUAUGACCGUAAUCUACGAUUUGAAGCUAGAUAUCCUGCAGGAGAGGAUGGCGCGGUCAUGGGAGCUCGGCAGAUUAGUAUAGCCGCUUCUUUUCAACCAGGGACAGCAUGA